CUUCUUCUCUGCCUACUCAGACUUCUCCCCGUGGUUGCCAAUUGCUCUCCCGCGCCGUUUCAGGGGAGUCAGUAAUUGGCUUGAAACAGUGUCUAUCUCCUGCAAGUCGGACUCCGCGUCACCAAUUUCCUCGUUCGAGAAAUACUAUUCUACUACUCGUUCCGCCGUUGAUCUUCUCUUUGCUCAAUUCUACUUUCUCCAGACAACAGCAACCGCAACAAUGGCAGACAACAAAGUAUACCGCGCGAGCACCACGGCUCCAGUCAACAUUGCCGUGAUCAAAUACUGGGGCAAACGCGACCCAAAGCUCAACCUCCCCACCAACUCCUCCCUCUCUGUUACCCUCUCCCAAUCCGACCUCCGCACCCACACCACCGCCUCCUGCUCCCCCUCCUACCCAACCUCCGACUCCCUCCUCCUCAACGGCUCCCCCCAAGACGUCUCCGGCGCCCGCACCCAAGCCUGCUUCCGCGAACUGCGCACCCUCCGCCAAGCCCUCGAAGCCUCCAAACCCUCCCUUCCUAAACUCUCCACCUACCCGCUCAAAAUCGUCUCCGAGAACAACUUCCCCACGGCCGCGGGCCUCGCCAGCUCCGCCGCCGGCUUCGCCGCCCUCGUCCGCGCCAUCGCCGACCUCUACGAGCUCCCCGCGACGCCCACCGAGCUGAGCAAGAUCGCGCGCCAGGGCAGCGGCUCCGCGUGCCGCAGCCUGUUCGGCGGCUACGUCGGGUGGGACAAAGGCACCGCGGCCGACGGGUCCGACAGCGUCGCGUACGAAGUCGCGCCCGCAGCGCACUGGCCGGCCAUGCGCGCCGUCAUCCUUGUUGUCUCUGCGGCGAAGAAGGGCGUGUCCAGCACGACGGGCAUGCAGACGACCGUCGCCACCUCGUCCUUGUUCCCAGCGCGCGCGAACGAGACGGUCCCCCGCAGGAUGAAAGAGAUGGAAACGGCGGUGAAGGCGAAGGACUUCGAGACGUUUGCGCGGGUUACGAUGAAGGAUAGCAACUCGUUCCAUGCGACGUGCUUGGAUACCGAGCCGCCGAUCUUCUAUCUGAAUGAUGUGUCGCGUGCGGCGAUCAAGGUUGUGGAGGAGGUGAAUAAGGAGGCGGGGAAGACGGUUGCGGCGUAUACGUUUGAUGCGGGGCCGAAUGCGGUGAUUUACUACCUGGAGGAGAGUGAGAAGGAGGUUGCGGGCUUGUUCAAGGCGAUGCUUGGGGAGAAGGAGGGGUGGGAGGGUGCUAGGGGGAGCAAGGUGGAGGCGAAUAAGAGCGCGUUGGAGGUGGUGGAGAAGGAGGCUGGUGUUGCUGUUGCUGGGUUGAAGGAGGGUGUGGCGAGGGUGAUAUUGACGGGUGUGGGCGAGGGGCCGCUCAAGACGGAGGAGACUCUGAUCGACGAGAAGGGGGAGCCUGUGAACACUGUCACGAACGGCUCGUGAGGAGGUGAUGGCGCUUUCGGGCUGUUUCAACAUGAGCGUUGCUGCAUGAUACAGGGGACGUUGGCUAGCUGCCGCUUUCUGAGAAAGCUUGUCAGGCAUUUGCGAAUACCCGUAAAUAAGAAAACACUUCAAGGACCUCACGAAUCGCAUAGAACCAAACGUGCAGAUGAUUGACACAACGCGU